GAUGCUCAGAGGAUUAAGAGGCGAAGACGAGUUUUGGCCGAACAUGGUGACUGUUUUUCAACCCGUUCAUCACUCUUUUUUUCUCUCUUCCCUUUUGUUGUUUUUUUUUUUUUUUUCCAGAAGUACAGGGUUGACAUGCCUGGCUCCAACAGUGCCUUCAUCCCUACAAUCAAUGCAAUCACAACCAGCCAAGACCUGCAGUGGAUGGUGCAGCCGACCGUCAUCACCUCCAUGUCCAACCCGUACUCCCGCUCCCACCCGUAUGGACAUCACCUGACCAACGGGCCGAGCCUGCUGCCGCACAACACACUGGCCCGGCCCGGGGUCAUCCGCUCCACCGGCGACCUCAGACGGCGCAAGAGGGAGGAACAGCUGACCCCGGAGGAAGAGGAGAAGCGGAGGGUGAGACGGGAGAGGAACAAGCUGGCCGCAGCCAAAUGUAGAAACCGCAGGCGGGAGCUGACGGAGAUGCUGCAGGGGGAGACCGAGAAGCUGGAGGAGGAGAAGGCCGACCUGCAGAAGGAGAUCGAGAGCCUGCAGAAGGAGAAAGACAAGCUAGAGUUCAUGCUGGUCGCCCACAACCCCGUGUGCAAGCUGCCCGUCGACGAGCGCCAUCAGCAGUCCAGCCACCACCAGCAGCAGCAGCAGCAGUGCAACCCGCUGCAGCUCACCAUGCGCCCCAGCCUGAAUCCGCGUGCACAGAUGAACCAGGUGGUGGUGAAGCAGGAGCCCGAGGACAUAGAGGAGGAGGUGGGCAAGCCCCAGCGCUCCGUCAUCAAGCCCAUCUGCCUGGGAGGCGGCGGCAUCAGCGGCGGGAUGUACUGCCCGGACGGAGACAGCCUCAAUACGCCGGUGGUGGUGGCGUCCACCCCAGCAGCCACGCCAAACGCCCAAAACCUCAUAUUCACCUAUCCCAACAUGAUGGAGCCCGAGAGCCCCUCGCCCUCUUCCGAGUCCUGCUCCAAAGCCCACCGGCGCAGCAGCAGCAGCGGCGACCAAUCCUCCGACUCCCUCAACUCACCCACGCUCCUGGCGCUCUGAGUCAGCCAGGGCGGGGCGCCGAGGCCCAGCUGGG